UUGACUUCGAAUAUGGACGGACCUAUCCCUAGGCCCAAGCCCAACUUGCUUACAGAUAUUCUUUCUUGAAUGAAUUAGUGCUUGCUUAGGGCAUUUUUUAUCAUUAUUCAUAAUUGAGAAAGACUACUGCUGAGUAGGGAUGGCAACGGGGAGGGGCAGGGAGAGGAUCUCACCACCUAUCCUGAACCAAGAAUCAACAGAAUCUCAACUCUUAAGAACCCUUACAGAAAUCCUAACAAAAGAUAAAGCUCCACUUGAAUCACUCGCUCCACACAUUAAAAACGUCAGUCAGCCACUCCUCCUAUCGCUUCUCUCCUCCAAAACCCUAGCCCAAAGACCCAACACUCUCCUCUCCUUUUUCAAGUGGGCACAAGCUCGUUUACCUCUCUCCCUCAUGCAGUCCCCUCUUCCUCUUCUUUCUCUGCUCCCUUCACUUCUUCAGUAUCACAAACAUUUAGAUGCCAAAUCUUUACUCGUUUCUUUCAUCAAGUCUGAUCGCCAACACGUUCUUCAUGGCUACAUUGUUAACCCCAGUAAUUCGGACCUCAAGAAAUAUGGUAUUAAGUUGUCAAAACCGCUUUUCGACACGUGCAUAAGUGCCUAUGUUGAUUCUGGGAAGCCUCACUUGGCUGCUCAAGUUUUUAGUAAAAUGAAGAGGUUGAAACUUCAGCCUAGAUUGUUGACUUGCAAUUUGCUUAUAAAUGGAUUGGUAAGACACCCUUCGUCACAUUCAAUUUUGCUUGCUAAUAAAGUUUUUAAAGAUAUGAUUAGUGUGCUUGGAGUCAAACCUAAUACUAGUACUUUUAAUGUUUUGAUAUAUGGAUGUUGUUUGGAGAAUAAGUUCGUAGAUGCACUUGAGUGGCUGAGAAAAAUGGAGGAUUUUGGUUGUUCACCAGAUAAUAUAACGUAUAAUACGGUAUUGGAUGCUUUGUGUAAGAAAGGUAGGUUGAGUGAGGCUAGGAAUUUGUUGUCGGAUAUGAAGGAUAAAGGUUUGUUACCUAAUCGGAGCACGUAUAAUAUUUUGAUAUGUGGAUUUUGUAAGUUGGGUUGGUUAAAGGAGGCGGUGAAGGUGAUAGAGUUGAUGACUUUGAAUAAUUUGUUGCCGGAUGUUCGGACAUAUAAUAUGUUGAUUAAUGGGAUGUGUAAUGACGGAAAGUUGGAGGAGGUGUUCAGGUUGAGGAAUGAGAUGGAGAAUUUGAAGCUGUUGCCUGAUGUGGUUACUUUCAACACUAUGAUUAAUGGAUGUUUUGAAUCAGGUAGUAGUUCAGAGGCAUUUAAGUUGAUUGAUGAAAUGGGUGAGAAAGGAGUGAAGCCAAAUGCAGUUACUUAUAAUAUUAUAAUUAAGUGGUAUUUGAAGGAAGGGAAAAUAGAAGAGGCGAGUAAUACUAUGAGGAAAAUGGAAGAAAGUGGGUUUUCACCGGACACUGUUACUUUCAAUACUUUGAUAAAUGGAUAUUGUAAGGCGGGGAAGAUGGCUGAAGCUUUCAAAACAAUGGAAGAAAUGGGUAGGAAAGGUUUGAAGAUGAAUAGUUUUACACUUAAUACUUUUCUUCAUACUCUUUGUGGGGAGAAGAAGCUUGAUGAGGCGUACAACUUGCUUAAUAGGGCCAGCAAGAGGGGUUAUUAUCUUGAUGAGGUGAGCUAUGGCACUCUUAUCAUGGGAUAUUUUAAGGACGAAAAGGUGGACCGAGCUUUGAAGCUUUGGGAUGAGAUGAAAGAGAAAAAGAUCAUUCCUAGUAUUGUUACUUAUAACAUUAUAAUUGCAGGGCUAUGCCAUUCAGAAAAGACUGAGCAAGCUAUUGACAAGUUGAAUGAGCUUCUUGAGAGUGGUUUAAUCCCAAAUGAAACCACAUAUAAUACAAUUAUGCAUGGAUACUGCAGGGAGGGACAAAUUGAAAAAGCAUUUCAGUUUCACAACAAAAUAGUUGAGCACUCAUUCAAACCUGACGUGUUUACCUGCAAUAUUCUUCUUAGAGGACUUUGUAGAGAGGGUAUGCUAGAAAAGGCUCUUAAACUCUUCAACACGUGGAUUUCAAAGGGGAGGACAAUUGAUGCAGUUACUUACAACACGAUUAUAUCAAGUCUAUGCAAGGAAGGGAGAUUUGAGGAUGCAUUUGAUCUUCUAUCUGAAAUGGAAGAAAAGAAAUUAGGGCCGGACCAUUAUACAUUUAACAUCAUUCAUGGUGCACUAAUUGAUGCUGGUUGGCUUCAAGAAGCUGAGGAUUUCAAGUCUAAAAUGGUUGGAGGAAAGUUAAAGGAUCUGCCAAUUCAAGUGGAACAGGGGGAAAGUGUGGUAACUUCUGAGACUUCAGAGAGAUUUGAUUCAAGGUCCAUUGCUUACUCAGAACAGAUGAAUGAGCUUUGUAGUCAAGGGAAAUACAAAGAUGCAAUGCACAUUUUUGAGGAAGCAACACAGACGGGUAUCACUGUAAACAAAUCGACCUACAUGAAAUUAAUGGAUGGACUAAUCAAAAGGCGAAAAAGCAUUUCAAAAGCUGACCGUGGUAGCUAACUUCCCUUGGGUGUUUCACAACAUCAUCAAAAAGAAGAGUUUUAUGCAAAUUCAGCUGCUAUUAAACACAGAAGAUAUGUCAGUGCACAGAGAUUUUCGGAGGCAUUGGAUGUUGAAAAUUCUGGUGCAUGCAUCCAGCUGAAAAACAACCAGAUUACUUGUAGAGCAGAGCUUGCUGUGUUGUUCGUUGAGACACUUGUCAAGGCAAAAAUUCCUUAUGAUAAUAAAACCCUUGGUCAGUUUAUACUUAUAAUCUUUCAAGUUUAAACUCUAACUCCCUUUGUCAAUUGCAAAUUUUGUUAUGCAGGAUGUAAUGAAUAUUAGUUGCCCCUUUUUGAGUUCUUGUAACUUUAUUUGAAUAAUUUUUUUCUCACAUACAGGACUAUAGGUGAAAAUAUUAUUUAAUAUAAAAACAGCUAUUGUACUAAAUUUUCUAGGGUGUUUGUCUUCACAAUUAUAACAAAAUAUGUAUGUUAGAUUAUAUUAGAAAAAUCUUUCAGCCAUUUCCGUGGAUCCCUGUACCACAUGACUUGGAAGAUGAUGAUGACAUGCAUGAACUUACUGAAGCCCAUAUGGCAAAAACAAAUGUAGAGGGAUGCUCAUCAUUUCUUAAAGGCUGCUAUUGAGUGGUCGAUGGAGUUUGGAGCUCCGAAAACUGGAUUAUGCUAGCUGAAUAUAUGUAUUUGGAAUCGCUCGAACUGGUAGGUUUUGACUAGAAAAGACAUGGGCUUCUAAUUUGUCCAGUAAAUGACCUUCACAGUUUCUCGGUAACUGUUCAAGCCAUUUAAGAUUCAGUACCAUGAAUUUUUUUCUCAAUCCUCAAUAAUGGGGAAAAUUAAAAGUCAAAAUUUUUCUUAUUCCGGACUGCAUAAAUGUACUCACAUAAUAUGCCAUGUAAAGAAUGACCCCUAUUGUGCGCAAGGUGGUGUUGAGGCCUCUGAUUUGAGUCAAUUUUUGUAGUGAAAUUUUUUGAAGCCUGGUUCUGAUUUCUGAACAAUAUGGGCCAUUUAAUCAGUUAAUUUGGGAUAUUCUGUUUU